CCAGAACAAACAACCAGAGUCUCUACUCUCUAAAAUGCCUCCAAAUCUGAGUCUAUUCAUCUUUUUUCUCUUCUUAACCUUCACUUCAAUGGGCUCACCGGGUCUGGCCAUUGGUGUGAACUGGGGCACCACAGCCUCUCACCCAGUCCCACCUCCCAAGGUGGUGGAGCUCUUGAAGUCUAAUAACAUCACUAAAGUUAAGCUCUUUGAUGCUGACCCACUUGUUCUUCAAGCACUCUCCGGCUCCAACAUUGCUGUCACUGUAGCCAUCUCCAAUUCUAUGCUGAAAAGCUUGAAUUCUUCCAAGAAAGCUGCCGAAAGUUGGGUCCAUGAUAAUGUCACCAGAUACAUUUCUUCUGGUGGUGGCUCUAGAGUGAAAAUUGAGUAUGUUGCUGUCGGAGAUGAUCCAUUUCUCCUAAGCUAUGGUGAGCAGUACCAUCCAUUUGUUAUUGGAGCAGCAAUUAACAUUCAAGCAGCCUUAAGCAGAGCAGGCUUGGCUAGUGAUGUGAAAGUGGUGGUUCCAUGCAGUUUUGAUUCCUUCCAGUCAGAAUCUGGCCUGCCAUCAAAAGGACACUUCAGACCUGAACUAAACAAAACCAUGGUCGAACUCCUUACAUUUCUUAGCAAGCGUCACUCUCCUUUCUUUGUGACCAUCUCACCAUUUUUAAGUUUCCACCAAAACAAGAAUAUUUCUCUUGACUUUGCUCUCUUCAAAGGAACUGCACACCCUCGUAAUGAUAGUCACAAAACAUACAAAAACAGUUUUGACUUAAGCUAUGACACCCUAGUUACUGCAUUAUCAACAGUUGGUUUUCCAGAAAUGGAUAUUGUUGUAGUGCAGAUUGGUUGGCCGACAGAUGGAACAGCAAAUGCAACUGCAUCUACCGCAGAGACCUUCAUGAAAGGCUUGCUGGAUCACCUUCACAGCAGAGUGGGGACUCCACUUAGACCUCGGAAUCCACCUAUAGAAGUAUACAUUUUUAGUCUUUUAGAUGAGGAUCAAAGAAGCAUAGCCACUGGAAAUUUUGAGAGGCAUUGGGGUGUGUUCACUUUUGAUGGCCAAGCCAAAUACCAUUUUAAUUUUGGCCAGAAUGCAAAAAAGCUUGUGAAUGCACAAAAUGUUGAGUACCUUCCUACGAGGUGGUGUGUUGCAAACAAUAAUAAAGACUUGUCUAAUGCAACAGCAAGGGCUUUGGAGGCAUGUUCUGCUGCUGAUUGCUCUGCACUAUCUCUUGGUGGAUCUUGCUACAAUAUCAGCUGGCCCCAGAACAUAUCAUAUGCAUUUAAUAGCUACUAUCAGCAGCAUGAUCAAACGCCUAAUAGCUGUGAUUUUGGUGGGUUAGGUUUGAUCACCACUGUCGAUCCAUCAGUGGAUAAUUGCAGAUUUCCUAUUGAACUUCGCACUUCUCAUUCUUCUUCUCUUCUCGGACCCCAUUUUUGCCUGUGCAUGAUACUGCUAACACUCAAUACUUUUGCCAUUUUAUUCAGUUUUGCCGGUUAGAAAAACAUCUGCAGCCAUUUUUGCAGCUCUUAAUCAGCCCCAGUUCUGUGGUUAUGGAUAUUUGUUGUUGUACAAGGUUUCAACUUGAUUAAAACCUUCAUUGUGGAUUUAAAGUUGGAAAAGAGGGAGGUAAUUACUAAGAGGUCCCAUUUUUGUAAUUUGGAGGUUAGGAUCUUUGCCCAUUGUCAUUAUUUCUAUUCAGAAAUGAAAGAGUACUUGAUUGAAAGUUUUUUCCCAGUACCAUUACACUACCAUCUUCAUUUGGUGUUGUGAUGUUAAAAUUGGAGAUGUGUAUG